AUAAUUUUUUUUUGCCUGUCUAAAACUGAAGAGUCCCGCUAUUCAGAUUAAAGACGCCGUAGUUUCGCGGAAAUGGAGAUCUUAAAACGCCUUUGCAUGCUUUGCUUGGCAGCCCGGUCUCCCUAGCUGGUUCUCCCUGUCGCUGCACCCCUGGAGGUCCCGGGACGGAUGAAUUAUGCGCGGAUGUGGGCAGCGAGUAGUUUUUGCUGUUGUCCCUUUUGUUGACAAACCUCUCGGAUAACUCGAGUGUUCACGGUUUGACAGCGGGGGAGCUGACGUCACGCCGUCACGUGACACGCGUGGUAGUAUAUCUUUAACUGAAAAAGUAAUCUAUCAGGCAGUCCUUAAAAGCGGCUUUCCAACGGCGGCGACAACUUUUUUUUUCGCCCCUACUCCACGCUCUAAAAUAUUUGGAAUGUAUGUUUGUUUUGGGCUUUUUGGCACGAGAGUAUAGCGCCACAAAAGAAGUAUUAAUUAACAGCGUUAAAGUUGAAGGGAAGUUCUCAUCGCUGGCUGCGCUAAGCCGCUAAAAUAGAGCUGGUGGUGUGUCCACCUCUGCCUGGAACUGGACGCGUUUACUUACUCACCUUUGGUUGUGCUUCAGUAAAAAGGGCUGUGAUGACCCUCUCUGGCAGCAGCAGCAGUAGCAGUAGCAGCGCCGACAUGUCCGGUCAGACUGUCCUUACCGCCGAAGAUGUGGACAUCGAUGUGGUGGGAGAAGGAGAUGAAGCCUUGGACCGAGACAGCGACUGUGAAAGCCACGAUCGCGGCGACGAGGUGGAGGAGGUGGCGAUUAAAGAGCUGGCAGGGAGCCCUCCCUGUGAGGGCAACGGCAUUGAAGGAGACUCCAAAGCAGAUGGGCACCAGGACGGCACUUCGGGGCCCCUGCAAAACAAACCUAAGAACAGCCUGGUAAAACCGCCUUACUCUUACAUAGCUCUCAUCACCAUGGCCAUCCUGCAAAGUCCACAGAAAAAACUGACCCUUAGUGGCAUCUGCGAGUUCAUCAGCAACCGCUUUCCUUAUUACAGAGAGAAGUUCCCCGCCUGGCAAAACUCCAUCAGGCACAACCUGUCCCUGAAUGACUGCUUCAUAAAGAUCCCCCGGGAACCCGGCAAUCCUGGGAAGGGCAACUACUGGACCCUGGACCCCCAGUCCGAAGACAUGUUUGACAACGGCAGCUUUCUGCGGCGGAGAAAAAGGUUCAAACGGCACCCGCAGCAGGACGUACUGCGAGACCAGACUGCGCUGAUGAUGCAGAGUUUCGGGGCUUAUAGCCUGGGCAGCCCGUAUGGGCGGCACUACGGCAUUCACCCGGCGGCUUACACCCACCCGGCAGCCUUGCAGUAUCCCUACAUCCCCCCGGUCGGCCCUAUGCUCCCUCCUGCGGUCCCACUAUUGCCAUCGGCGGAGCUCAACAGAAAGGCUUUUAACUCCCAGCUGAGCCCCGGCCUUCAGCUGCAGCUCAACAGCCUGAGCACCUCGUCGCUAAUCAAAUCGGAGCCGUCCAGCAGACAUUCGUUCAGUAUAGAGAACAUCAUCGGAGUGGCCAGCACAUCGUCUAGCGCACAAACUUUUCUGCGACCUCCGGUGACUGUUCAGUCCGCCCUGCUAAGUGCACAGCCGCUGUCAUUAAGCCGGACCUCUGCGGCCAUUGCCCCCAUCAUCAGCGUCCCUACCAAUAUCAUCUCUGGACAGUUUCUGCCUUCUGCUUCCACGGCAGCGGUCUCCAAGUGGCCGUCCCAAUGACACCGCGCUGAUGUCGUUCAAAAGUGAGAGCAAAAAAAGCACUGGACUUUGACUGCGUUAAGGUAGCCAAUGUCAUUAAAGUUAAAUAAAAAGGAAUGCUUUCUGUACAGGUAAUAUUUGUAAAUAUUUGUACAAAUGAACCGAUUUACUUUUCUGAAAUUUAUAUCACUAUUAUCAUUUAUAUAUUUUUGAACUGUUUAACAGUUGUCCCUGGAGGCCCCGUCUUUUGUUUAGUUUUACGACUCACCAUUAUCACUAAGAACUGCAAUUUAAAUACCAAUUUGUUUUGUUUUAUAAAAUAAAAAAAACUAUUCUAUUAUGAUUACAGACAUCUGUUUAUAUAAAAUGAAAUAUAUGUAUUCCAAAUGUAGCUCUAUUGUGUUGUACACUGGAUAAACUUUGUUAAUAAAUUUUGAAAAUGA